AUGGGCUCCAUCACUCCCGAUACCCCAGAGUGGGAUCCACGAACUGUCCUCUCCUCCCUCCCCAACCCAACCCCCGAAAACACCCACACCCCAAUCCCCUUCUUCCACCUCCUCUCGCGCCUCAAAACCACCAAACGCGAAGGCUGGCAACAAGCCGGCCUCUCGCACCACGGCGAGUCCAUCGCAGACCACAUGUACCGCAUGUCCAUCAUGACCAUGUUCUGCCCGCCCGCCUUAUCGACCCGAAUCUCCAUCCCGCGCUGUAUCGAGAUGGCGCUCGUGCAUGACAUGGCGGAGUGUCUCGUCGGCGAUAUUACACCGCUGAACACGGACAUCACCAAAACAGAAAAGGCGAGGAGGGAGGAGGCGACCAUGCAGUAUAUCACGGGGCCAUUACUGGGUAGUAUACCCGGGGGAGGAGGGCCGCGGGGCGCAGCGAGGAUGAUGGGGCUGUUCCGGGAAUAUGAAGAUAAUGAGACGCUGGAGGCGCGGUUCGUGCACGAUGUGGAUAAGCUGGAGAUGGUGCUGCAGACGAUUGAGUAUGAGCGGGAUUUGGGGGAGGAUUUGGAUGAGUUUUAUCAUGUCCUGGGGAGGAUUACGCUGCCGGAGAUGAGAGAGUGGGCGGAGGUUUUGAUACAGGAGAGGAGGGAUAUUGCUGCAGAGAGAAGUAACGGAGUACAGGUCAACGGGCAUGCACCUAAUGGGGUUAAUGGGGUGAAUGGGGUGAAUGGUAUUAAAGGAGUCAGAGUCAACGGCGUGCAUAAGGAAAACGGCGUCAAUGGUGCAGUAUGA